ACAACUUACGUCCUGUUUUUUUUAUACAUUUAAUGGAAAUCGGCCGUAUAUUAUAGGAUAGCUCAACAGAUCCAACAAUAUAUACGUUCAGUUUAAGUUAAUGCAUGCGUUUAGGAAUCUGAAAUAAUGCACCUAACCUUCUCGGCAUGAAAGUUUACCAGGAGUGCGUAUGGACGCAAAACAUAUAAGACACAAAAGAUGAAAGGAAAUAUAAUUCAAGAUGAAAACGUUAUUUUAUCUUCCUUCACAAUGCUUCCUCAUCUUAUAUUAAUCUAAUGACGCGGUAACGAAACACAACAACCCAUGUGCCCUAUCACUACAGCGAUUUGAUUGGUCGUCAAAAAUGGGAAAAUAUGCGUAAGCUAUUUUUAGAUUAAUGUAACAGUUGGAUCGUACAAGAAGUAUCGCUGUUUACAUACACACCCAACUGACGAGAUGCGGACUUACAUAGCGAAGAAACCGUAAAGAAGGGGAAAUGACGAAAAUAAAGCUGGUGGCGGUGGGCGAUCAGGUGGUAGGGAAGACAUGUCUUUUCAUUUCCUACACAAGUAACAUAUUACCUGAGGAAAACAUACCAGCACUAUUUGAUACCUAUGUCACAGCUGUUUUGGUGGGUGGAAUAUGGAUCGAUGUGGAAUUGAAUGACACGCAUGGAUUUGACGGGGAAGAUUACAGAUACCAUUUAAGGUCAUUAUGCGACGCGGACGUAGUCCUUAUUUGUUUUUCUGUGGAAAACAGGGAAUCUUUUGCAAAUGUGAGAGGAAAAUGGAUUGAAUUUCUUAGACGUAUUUGUACCUUUACACCAUUCGUACUCGUUGCCUGUCAAAUAGAUUUACGAUACAAAAGUGUGUCUGAUGUGGUGACUUAUGAAGAAGGGUUAAGGUUGGCCAAUGACUUGAGAAUACCGUACAUAGAAACCAGUGCAAUAACACAACAGGGUUUACGUGAUGUUGUCGACACUGCGGUACGCGAGGCACUGAAUUCCGAACCACCAAAAACACGCACAGUUCAUCAUAUGUUUUGCUGUUGUAGGAAAAAACUAAUUCCGAUAGCACCUUUGGUGCCUCCAGUUGAUAAGGCACCACUGAUAAAAGUUGAGCCAUCAAGAUAUGCGAAAGAUUGGAUGACGAUGUUGGAAAAUCCUGUCCAUGCGGAUGUUACAUUUGUACUGGAUGGACAACAAAACCUGGACGCACAUAAACUCGUUCUAUGCUCAGCCUCCACUUACUUUAGACGAAUGUUUGAAAAAACAAUGAAGAUGACAGAGUCUAUGAGUAACUGUACCACGCAUGAUCUGAAUUCCGAACACGUCGAGGGGGUUAAAGCGAUAAAGGAAAAGGACAUGGAUAAAGACGCUGUCGUCGGUCAAGGUCACCGUCAUACAGUAGUGGAGCUUAGGUCUGAUGUCAAACCGAACGCAUUUGUUAAAGUCCUGGAAUUUCUUUACUCGGGUAUGGCUAACCUUACCAACGAUCAUAAUCAGAUUGACCCACAUGACAUUGCUGACGUCGUCAGGUUAUCUGAAUUAUUCCAACUGCCGAGACUCGCAGAGAUUUGUCAAAAUUGUCUCAACGAACAGGAAAUACUAAAUCCUAGUAUAGGCACCUACUUGAUAGAGGAGACAGGACGGAAGAUGAAGGAACUCUAUUUCAACAAACCAGAGACAGCUGACGUCGCCUUCAUUGUAGAAGGAGGACCUGCAUACGCUCAUAAAAGUGUCCUUAGUGCAAGGUGUGAAAUUAUGGCGGCCAUGUUUGGAGGUCAGUUCGCAGAAGGACGAUCGACUGUAUCCGAGGUUAAUAUCCCGGAUACCUCGGCGGAGUGCUUCAUGACUCUGUUGGAAUACUUGUACACAGACUAUGCACAAAUUGAAGAGGUUAAUGUAAUGGAACUUCUUGUUGUCGCGGAUAAGUAUGGACUAAAGCGUCUCCUGAGUCUGUGUGAAGUGUUUGUUACUAACGAAAUGAACAAGCGCGUGAAAAAUAGUCAAGAAAAGGCAGAUAUGGAUGUCCUAGGGCUUUUGCACACGUCACAGAAUUACAAUGCAGAACAAUUGUCCAGUUGGUGCCUUCACUUCAUUUCCGCAAAUUACACAUCAUUCAAAAAUCGAAAGGAAUUAUCGUCAUUAAAAGAAGAAAACAAAACAUACAUUGAGGAGAACCAGUGGCCUCCAUUAUCGUACCUCCGUGAGGUAGAGGAGUACGAGAGGGAUUUCAAGAGCGACUGUUAUUCUAAAUGUGCCAUCUUAUAACCAUAAUUGGUACCUGGCUUUGAAGACAGUUAUUUACGUUUACUUCAUUUACGAGAGCCUACUGUUCUGUAAUUACAAGAUUCCUUCACACUACUGUACAUAUGAAAUACGAGUUGGCGUAUCGAUACUAAGGUGAUAAUGAUGCUAUCCAUUUGAUUAUUCAGUCUUUAAUUAGUAAUCAGUCUUAACGGAAUAUGUCUUAUCUUCUUGUCAUCAUAAACAACAUAAAUACAUAUCACGCUAGAUUAUUAUUGACUAUAACUUGGUUUGGUUAACAACAUCCAAAAUUUAUGAAAUGCUUUAAAUUAUAAUUUUUCCUUUGUAUCUGAUCUUAUAUACAUUCCUAUUACAGUUUAGUCGAAAUGCUGUUUCUACAAAUUGCUUCCUAUAUUUGCGUUACAUAGAAGCAUGUACACGGUAUAUCUCACAUGACUUUCUUUCUAUCUGGUUUUCUUCGAAAAACAAUAUUCAUCUGUAUAGAUAAGAGGGUUUAUAAUUAAUAAUAGAAUGUCAUAUUUAUCUCCCUUACUAUAAAGCCAAACUUCGACUUUUAUUUGUAAACGAUUUCCUGAAGUUUGUUUUGUAGUUUUAACCCACCAUCAUCAGAUUUUGUGCAAAAAAAUUCCUUUUUCAUCUGUAGUCCGUCUGUCCAUCAGAUUAACUCCUGGUUAGAUUUUUAAAUGUGGCCGCUAUCAACCAUAUUGAAAUUAGUUUUCUGAUAAGACCUAUUGCAUGUUCAGUAUGGAUCUUUAUUCUGAAUGUAUGCUGAUACUCAAGAUGGCCACCAUCCGCCAUUAUUUUGUGUUUUACAUAUGUAUUUUCAGGCAUUUUCGUUAUACUUGUGUUAGGUUGUUGUGGUCCUGUGGAUCUUGUAUAGAGGCUGCAUCCUGUGAAUAGCCGUCUCAUAGUUCUUUCUUGUUAAACUUCCUUAAAUAUAACGAUCGAUAACGUUCUAUAAAAUCCUCCUGUGAUGUCAUGUUAUGUGGUGCUUUUUACUAUAUUUAGCUUUUCAUUUAAAGAUGACAUUCAAGACAUCAUCGGAAUUUUGCCGCGACUUUAAAAUGUAUUGUUUUUGAAAUGUAUGAAUAAACUGUACUCGAUUCGUUCUUAA